GUGGAGGGUACAGCAAAAAGAAAGUUAAUCCAACCACUAAAAGAAAACGCACCAAAUUCAGUACGAGUUUGCGCAAAUUGGAUGACCAAAUCCCUAUCCUUCAUAUCAACUCGCACUAUUCAUUGGCCAAUCCCAAGCAACCAUUGAAGCACUAAAAUUUUAAUAUCACUCCCCCCACGUGGGCUCUAUCUUCCAAACAGCCCGGUCCCCUUUCUAAGUUUUUAUCUCUUCCAAAGAAAAAAUCAAACACUUUCUCAGAAUCAGGAACCUUCUCUCUAUAUAUGGAAAUCCAAGGUUCAGACAAGGAAAGAACAACUGUUUGAUAUUUUCUAGCUAGCUCUUUCUCAAAACAGGGUCGACCCGAGAACACAUUUUCAACAGCAAUCUAGUACAAAUCAAAGAUGGCUUCUUCAAGGACUCAAAACUAUGCAACACUUGCAUUCUUCUUGGUUGUUCUUGCAAGUUCAGCUGUCGGAAGAAUCUCAGCUGCAAAUUACAGCUUGAACUGGUCGAUCCCUUCCGGUGGAGCCGCCGAUUAUGUUACGUACGCCUCUCAGCAAACCUUCCAUGUUGGUGAUAUCUUAGUGUUCAACUUUCCGACUGGGGCGCAUAGUUUGGCAAUUGUGACAAAGCAGAGUUAUGAUUCAUGUAGCUCCAGCAAUCCGAUCUCUCUGGUUACGGUUGGUCCGGCGAGUGUGAACCUGACUUCCUCCGGCGAGGCAUACUUCAUCUGCACAUUCGCCGGUCACUGUUCCGCCGGACAAAAACUAGCCAUCAACGUCUCCUCUGCCGCCGCCGCCGCUCCGGCUACUCCUCCCCCUGCGCCGUCGCCAAAACCCGUUACUCCUGCUCCUGUUGCAACCCCACCGACUCCCUCAGCACCAGCACCGUCGCCAAAACCCGCCGCUCCGUCACCCACCAAGCCGGCACCGGCUCCGGCAGCCACUGCGCCUACUCCAUCAAUUUCAGCCCCGUCCCCUGCUCCGGGAGCUUCAGUCCCAUCACCAGCUCCAGGUCCAGGUGGAGCAGCACCGGUUCCUUCUCCAAUGGGGCCUUCAGGUAAUGCUCCUGGAGCAUCUCCGGGAAGUGCUCCGGCGCCUGGUACGCCGGCUGACACAAGCCCACCACCCAGCGCCGCCCCGGCACCGGCUACAGUUAUGGCCACUACUCUGUUUCUGGUCAUGCUUGUGUCAAUUUCCAUUUCCAAUUUCUUCUAGAUCUUUUUUUUUUUUUAACACUUAAUUUACUGUGCAUUAAUAAUUCUCUGAUUUCCGGCAUUACGUACACUAUCCAUCCAUCCAUUUUUCCUAGUUAUUAGUUUGUCAGAACAGCAUUUUGGUGCAUGAAGGAUGAUAGUAUUUCAUUAUUCUCAUCAGUGGCUUUUAUUGCAUAUUUGAUUGGUGGAUUAUUAUAUUCUUGUGUAGAUUGUGUGUACUUUUAGCACAUUUUGAGUUGAAUAAAAGCUGUUUCUGUUGUGCUGAAAUUCUUCUGCAGGAUUAUUAUUAUUAACAUUGGAAAUAAUUAACUUUUCUUGUCAAUUGACAAUUAUGAUCUGAAUUCAAAAUGAGGCUAAUUAGGAAGAAAAAAUCAAGAAGAUAAAGGUAAUGGGGCCCG